GGGGCGUCUCGGGCACCGGGUGCGGCGGUGCAAAUUCCACCGCCGCCGGGUCGGCCGCCUCCCAGCAUGGCCAGCGUUGCGGGGAUGCCGCCAGAGCGGCAGAGUCAGCACGAGAAAAUUCUCCGUGCUUUCCGAACAGCACUGCCAGAGUCCGGAUACUGGACUGAGAAGCAG